CGCCGAUGUCUUAAGAAUUCGUACCAUGGACAGCGACCACGGAACGUUGCAUUGCAUUUUGAACUGAUUCGUUGGUGCUAUGCUACGUCGGUUUACUUCCGAACAUUAUGUAGAGAAUCUGUGAUACCGCGAGAAAGCGUCGAAGAGCUAAAGACUGGGCUGACGAUAAAAUGCCCCGCCGUGAAACAACUCAGCCAUCAGGAGCCGACAUCUGACUGUAAUGAAAUGUCUGAAGGAGAUCCGAGAUCAUUUCAUCGCUUGACAGAGGCUCUGUCUGACUAGAAAUGUAAUUUUUUUUUUAGGACCUUACGAAAUCAAAUGGUGGUAGCCUGCAGCUUUAAUCGCUAUUGGGGAAAAACGUGGCAAAAUGGGGCAUGCAUACUUAUUUCACCUUCUAAGUGCGCUCCUUUACGCAACACAAUUAUGUAACUGAAUUGAUCGUGUUAACUUCGCAUGAGAACCUGACAAACAAAACAAGAAUGCAGAAAAAAAUAACCCGUGCUCUGAAAAAUGCAAAACCAGAUUCCACUGCGUCAUAAACUAUAAUCACUAGUCUUCAUCCGCAAUCUUUAUGCUAUCAAUCAUAAAGUUAUUAUUGUUUGCGUUGUGACAGUUUAUGAAUAGCUUACUUGCCUGAUUAUUAUCCAUCGUUUAUCUUUACGCACGAAUGCCUGCAUUAUAGAGUUUUAUAGGGUGUAUGCUCUAGGUGAACUUGUCAGAUAACUGUUAAGCUGUAGCCUAGCCAACAGCCUACAUUCUCAACGACGUUUGAUCAGAAGCAAGUUGUGUUUAUACGCACUUCGCUGAAACCGUGUAGACCACAAACCACGUUCACUCCCGCAAUGGCCAGGGUGCGGAAGAAAGCUUGUAUAGCGCUGUUCCUAUUUACAAUCUUUGUUUUCGGAACCAUGAUGGGCUUAAGAACCCUGAAGCCCAGCGAUGGGUUCUCUGACCUGGCCCCGGGGUUGGUCCUCCUACCGAUGAUUGGAGGAAAGAUGGACCGGCGCUCCGUGUCACAAGAAACGGUCUCCUCACCCGGGCAGGUACGCACCAAAGUAGUUUUAUCAAACUCUGGGCCUGAAGGAACUAUAUUUUACGACGUCCACAUAUUUUACAGCGUGUGGUACGGAAACCCAUCGAUGGAUGGGAAAUACAUGCACUGGGACCACGUCCUCGUGCCACACUGGGACCCUAAGAUCGCAGCCAGUUACCCGAAAGGGAGACACAUGCCACCGGAGGACAUCGGUUCAAGUUUCUACCCAGAGCUUGGUCCGUACAGCUCAAGAGAUCCAGACGUAUUGGAGUCACACAUGGAGCAGAUUGGAGCGGCUGCAGCAGGGGUUCUGGUGCUGUCCUGGUACCCACCGGGCCUGGCCGAUGACAAUGGAGAGCCCACUGAAGACCUGGUGUCUGCAGUCCUGGAUGCAGCUCACAGACACAAUCUUAAGGUUGCAUUUCACCUCCAGCCUUACAAAGGACGGAGCGACCACAGUGUCCACGACAACAUCAAGUACAUCAUCGACCGGUAUGGGGACCAUGGAGCCUUUUACAAGUUCACCACCAGCACCGGGCAGGUACUGCCUUUCUUCUACAUCUACGACUCAUACCUGACACCACCAGAGAGCUGGUCUGAACUGCUCCACCCCACCGGCUCCCACAGCCUGCGUGACACACCGUAUGAUGGAGUCUUCAUUGCCCUCAUUGUGGAAGAGCGUCACAAGCACGACAUCUUAGCCGGCGGUUUUGACGGUAUGUACACGUACUUCGCCUCCAACGGGUUUUCGUUUGGUUCAUCCCACCAGAACUGGAAGGCAGCUAAGGCAUUCUGCGACGAUAACAACUUGUUAUUUAUACCAAGUGCUGGGCCAGGCUACAUUGACACCGCGGUAAGGCCGUGGAACAACCACAACACACGCAACCGUGUAAACGGGCGCUACUACGAGACGGCCCUGCAGGCUGCACUGAACGUACGGCCGGAGAUCGUCACGAUUACAUCAUUCAACGAGUGGCACGAGGGCACGCAGAUCGAGAGGGCUGUGCCGAAAAAGACUGUAACCAGAUUGUAUUUGGACUACCAGCCACACCAGCCGGACCAUUACCUGGAGCUAACAAGGAGAUGGGCGGAGCAGUUCAACAAGGAGAAGGAGACAUGGCUUAUGUGACCUACCACUGUUUGUUGGUGAGAUGAAUGAGUGUAAAGGUUUCUGAAUAUGGAUGUGUUAGAGAUAACGGUUGGGACUGUUCGUCUGUGUGUCUGCUAGAAAGAAAGAGUACAGGGAUAUGCAUUAUUUUUUUGAGUGAAAUGUUAUAAUGUUUUACAUUUUUAACAUUUCUACAGUUGAUGCUUUCAGGGGCAUCAGAAAGCUCCCUUUCCGGUUAUCCAUUGCUCUACUUCCAGAUAAACCCCAUCACUGCUUCCAGCAUGGAUAGAUAAAUCAAUAGUCCAAUAUCAGUCAAAUAUACUGUACACUCUGUCCUACUUUGACAUACCACUGCUCCAUCAAACCACCCAAUGUAUCCUGGUUUAUUUCUCUCUGUACUUUUCAGUAUUAAAAUGACAACAACAAUAAAAUAGGCCACACGAUAUGUGGGGGAUUUUACUUUCAUCCACUUUAA